AUGCCUUCUCGCUGGACGGGCAGCUCUGAGAUACCUCUCAAACCGGGCGUUAUCGAGCAUGAGGGUAAUGACUCCAAAGGAUACAAUGACAAUGGAUGGGGAAAGCCAAGUCGUUUUCCAAGAGGACAAACCGAAAUCACUCCAGCUCGAUCUUCAGAUUUCUCCAUUCAAGCGAACACCUUUGAAGGACGAGAAGAGACUAAUGUAUCUUCCAUGAGAACCAUACGGCAUGAUGAACCUCGAUCAAAUGAGACGCAUGUGCCUCCCAGAGCAGCGUUCCCCCUUCCAGAUAGACCCGUCACCAAAAAGCAUAGUUCCCCACAGUGUGAUGGACCGUCAUUCGAAUUUCAUACUUGGUUCCCAUCAAGACCGGAUCAACAACAAAUUCUCAUAAUCUCUUCUGACAACGAAGGGUACUAUAUCCCUGCAAUGGCAGCUAGACAACUUUCUUCGUCAAUCAGAUCUAAUUCCCAUUCUGGAUAUAUCAUCAAUGAGGCUCAGGUAUUCAAAUGGGACAAAGCCAAUUGCGAUUCCAUUACUUUGAUAUUAACUGUCCUUCUCGCCCCUCAGAGAUUCCACGGUUCCAAUCCUAUCUCAAUGAUUAAACUUCUUCCUGAAGCGUUGAAAGUAUCCCGUCAAUACGGUAUAUCAACUUUUUUCCAAAAUUUCAUUAUGGUAUUAGAGAAACUUCAAGGGUCUUCACCUUUAGUUAUGUAUGGUGCAUUCGCCAUCAAUGGAGAUUUACCUUCUGCUAAAAGGUAUUCAAGAAUUACUAUUCGUUCAACUCUGUUGAAUAAUCUGCCACCAUCUCUCGAAUCCAUAUUGAGAGUUCACGCUCCGCGAUACUUGAAAGACUUGGAGAGAUUACAUGGACAAUGGUCAAUGGCCUAUAAUGAUUUAUAUCGUUGUUUCGCUUUUGAUCUUAACGUGAAUAUCAAAUUAGAAGGUUUUGGAUCAAAGUGCAAAAAACGUUUCGCGAGAGGAUGUGAAGGGUAUAUCAUUUCAAAUAAAUCUUUUUCUGCACUUAGAAUCAAAGCGGCUGAUGCUGCUUCAGCUUCAGCCAGAGGUGGAGGAUAUAGAGAGAUGAAUUCGAUUAUCGAACAAGCCAUCAAUCAAGCUGUUAAAUGUGACACCUGCUCUCAUAGAUUCAUCAAUGCUUUUGGAGCUGUCAUGAGAAGAGUUUUAGGUGAUUUACAGGAUUCAAUUUAG